GAGAGAGAGAGAAAGAAAGAAAGAAGGGGAGGGGAGGGAGAGAGAGUGUGAGAGAGAAAGAGAUUUCUCUUUGUCAAAACGAGGUAUGCUCUUUAAAUUUCUCCUAUUCACCACAAGGAGCCAGGUCAAAGUUCAUCCAUGAAGUCUUCGAAGACAUCGUCCAGGAGAGGGUCAGCUGAGCAAGUGGACAAUGACCAGGAGACAGGUCUACAUUCAUCCAAGAAAUCUUCACGGACCGCGUCCAGGAGAGGGUCAGUGGAAUUGGAUGGCUCUGGCGAGUUACCAGACGACAGACUGUCCAAAAAAUCGUCCAAGUCCUCCAAGUCUUCCCGGAAAAUGGCGGAACCGGAUCCUCCUUCAGAUGACGAUGACGAGAAUGCAGGAGAGAGCUUGUCCCAGAGGUCAAAGGCCAGACCUAUGUCCACACGACAGAUGGACGAGACGGAGGAAGAUGAGGAGGUGGAAGAUGGAGAGAGUCUUUCCCGGAAGUCAAAGGCGAUGAAGAAGUCCAGACGAGAGAUGGCUGAGGACUCGGUGAGUUGUGUUGUUAGAUGUGGGAUACAUAGACAUUGGAACGUAAGAUGUUGCUAUGGACUUCUUCUUCUUCUUCUAUCCCGUCGUUGGGGCAACCGUUUGGGCACCACUGCAUCUUAA